GGUUAUUCUACAGCCCAGAUCUUUAUUCGUAAAGUGCACAGUAUAGGCCGACUGUAAUAUCUUCUAGUGCCAUUUGACCUGUUUGACCUGUUUACACUGUUUGUCUCCACAUUCCUUCUUAGGCUCAGUAUCCGACCCAUCACGCUUUACCCAAUCGGGUGAACCGGUCCUUUACUUCCUGUGGCGCAUUGCAAAUUCAAUCUAUAUAUUCCUCUUUUCCCCAGAAAAACAACAGGGAGUUUCAAUUAAUAUUGAGUAUUUGUCUGAUACAGCGGAACCAACAGCCCCAAGACCAGAAGAACUCCCCCGGGUCCAUUAUUGCGGAUACUACAUACAAUGACCGUCAAAAUCGAAACCACCGACGCCGUCGUCACCGACAGAGGGGGCAUCGUGGAAAACCGACACCGUGUUCAUGCAGCAGUUGUCGACUCGAAUGGAAAAUUGCUCUAUGCAGUUGGCGAUCCCACACGCAUGACGCUGGCCCGAUCUGCCGCGAAACCAUUCCAGGCGCUAGCCAUUCUUGAAACCGGGGGCUUCGACCAGUUCGGGCUCGACGAUGCUGAUUUGGCGCUGAUGUGUGCGUCGCAUAGUAGCGAGGAUAGACAUAUUGCGCAUGCCCACGCUAUGCUCGGAAAAGUGGACGCGAAAGAAACAGACCUUCAAUGCGGUGGGCAUGCUGCGUUGUCGGAGGCUGCUAACCGGGUGUGGAUUAAGAAUGAUUACACGCCUACCGCUAUCUGCAAUAAUUGUUCCGGGAAGCACGCUGGGAUGCUGGCUGGGGCGAGGGCACUGGGUGCUGAAUUGGAGGAUUAUCACCUACCAGCCCAUCCUCUCCAAGUGCAUGUUCGACGCGUUGUUGAGGAGGUCUGUGAGCCCGAUGCGAAGCUUGUACGAUGGGGUCUUGAUGGGUGUAAUCUGCCUGCACCAGCUACUCCUCUAUACACCUUGGGCAAAGCCUACGCUACCCUCGCAGCAGCAGCAGAUGCAGUCGCAGCGGAUCCUACCUGUGAUCCCCAAACACAAUCCCUGGGCCGGAUAUACGGAGCCAUGGCACAAUACCCCGAGCUCGUUGGCGGAGAGGGCCGAUUUUGUACCGACCUUGCGACGGCAUUCCAGGGAGAAUUGAUUGGAAAAGUCGGUGCGGACGGAUGCUAUGGCGUGGCGAUCCGAGCGUCGCAGGAGACGAAACGGCUAGGAGGCGAUGGUGCGUUGGGAAUUGCUGUGAAGAUUGAGGAUGGGAAUAUGGAUAUUCUUUACGCAGCAGUGGCGGAGAUUCUGGAGCAGCUGCAGAUUGGAAGUCCAGAGAUGCGGAAUGCUCUUGAUCAUUUUCACUAUCCUAAACUAUGCAAUACGGCUGGUGUGGUUACGGGGCACGUUUCUCAUUCGUUUAAAGUGCGGUCUGCAUUGGUUUUAUAGAGGAUGAGAUAAGAAUGAAGAUUGAUAUUCAUGGUUACUGUAUAUAGCCGGUUUCCAUCGGUCAUCCAUAAAUUUCGUUAGAACAGCAGAACUCGAACUUCAUUUUCAUACUUUUUGAAAAUUCCAAUUGACCAAGUAU